UAAUGCUCAAAAUAUUAAAAUGAAAUAUGAAUAGGAAUUAAUUAAUAUUCAGGAAGAAGAUUAAAGUAAAUAACUCACAACUUACAAUUUAUUAAGCUUCAAAGUAGCAAAACCAAGAUGGAAGGGUUCAACUCCUCAUUUGGAGUUUAAACAUGCUAGAAAAUAUAAAGAGAAAACUUGUCUAUACUGAGCUUAGAAGUAUAUCUGAAUUGAUGAUUUAAGUCUGAAGGAAAAGAGUGUAUUUAUAGGGAAAAUGGAGCAUGUAGGGAUGUGUACCCGAUCGGGCAUGUAGGGUGCCCGGUCGGGUACCUUCAGAAGCUUCCCGGAAGCUGGAAAUGUGGGUCAUACCCGACCGGGUGCGUCGGUUACCCGAUCGGAUACGACACUCGAUCGUGGUCAAAAUAUCCCUGCAUGUUCCUUUGUCUCCUGGAUUCGAUCGGAUAUGCAAAACAAGUAGGUACCCUAUCGAGUAUAGGGUAUACCCGACCGGGUACAUCUCGAAAAUCGGGAUCUUCUCUUUUGUCUUGCAUUUUUGCACCUUCCUUUCCUCUUUUGGAGUUCACCAAUGAUCUCUUGAAUGAUCAUGGACAUGUUCUAGCUCAGAAUAAACUUAAGCUAAACAAAUUAUAAAUAUUUUACAAACUAAAUUAUUACAUAAAAGUGUGUAAUUUCAAAAGUAAAAUUCAACAAAACUAAAUAAAAAUGCAAACAUAAUAAUGGAAAUUAGAUGAAUGUUAGGUACCUAACCCGCCGGAAUAGAAAACUUGCAUUACAACUCAGGUGUUACGCACAAAACCAUUACAGCCCCUUAGCCCGAUCCAAAAAUGAAAACAAAUCAUGAAUCCUGUUCAAAACGGGACCAAAAUCAACAAGAAAGAAGUGACACUCUUCAGCGUCAAACAUACGGUCAGUCGGCCACACCAGCAACCCCAAGCAGGGGAAACAGACGAUGGCUGGCACACGGUGAAAUACAGGGGACAGCACCACCCCCCCUUCACCCCAAUAAACGAACUCAGACAUACCACCGCUCCGAUUCCGGAAAUCCUUGGACAGCUGGUAAUGGUAAUCGACUAAUCGUUACCAACGCUUACAAAUCGAGGAUGAAAUUGAGUUCGAAUCAGAUGUACGGCCCAAUCUCAAUAUCAAUAAAGGAUUUAAAGAAAGAUUCAACCGGAACGGGAGAGAAUUAACAACCGUCCAUCGCGGCUGCAGAUUUGUGAGGCCACCAUCCGGAAUAAUACACGAACACCCAAAUCGACGGCCGGAGAUUCCCAGAGGCGAGCUUCCAUCUGCUUCAGGGCCAGGGGCCGAGGCUGAGCCCAUCGGGGUAUUUGACAAAACAAUGUAUGUUCCGAGUAUUCUCUUCCAAAAAGUGUAGGUUUUAGAAACCCAUCUGUCUCACCC